AUUAUAUUCCCCCGGAGACUCUCGCCAUGAAAGCGUUAUACGACGAACUUCGGAAAUACAUUUUCUUCUUUCAAUUAUUCGCCUUAUGUCCAGUCGGUUCCAAUGAAUUCCAAACUUACAUUCUCGGUCUCUAUUCACUAUUCCACUUUGUGGUUCUGGUUGCCCUGACUAUCGUGGCCAUGUUUUACAGUAAAGUCAUUAACGACAACAAUUCCAUAUCGGGAAUGGUAGCCGGUCUGGUGUUUCUAGCCGAAAUAGCGACCCACCUGAUCAUCAUUCUCCAGGCUUUUGUGUCUCGUAUGGAUUUGAAAGCGUUACUGUCGGAACUGAGUGACAUCGAUCAAAUUUUUCAAGUUCAACUUCGCAGUCCCAUGGACUACAAGUCGCUUAAGCGGAAAUAUUUGUUCAAAUUUACCGUCAUCCUGUUGAUAAGCAAAGGACUGCUGCUGUCUCUACUCAUUUUUCUUGCGUUCAGUCCAAGCAAGUCGGCGUCGCUUUUCUGGUUCCACUUAUCAUAUUCCAUCGCGGUCGUGAACAUGCGUUGCAUUCAAAACAUAUUCUUCGUCGAUCUUGUACGCGAGCGGCUAGACUUUGUGAACGAACGACUGAGCGAAAUAGCGCAACGAACGUCCAAGAAAUCGAAAUUGAUCCUGUACGUUGACACCUACGACCAUCGAAAGCAAUCGAAGAAACCAAGUCCUGCGCAUGAGGAGUUCAACGAAAUGCUGGCUCUGAAACAGAUCUACGGAAUGAUUUGGAACGCCAGUAUACUGCUGAAUAAUUGCUUCGGAUGGUCGGUUCUGGCAAUUGUAACCAGAUCGUUCAUUGGAUUCACCAGCCAUGGAUACUGGCUGUUCUUGGGCUUCGAGGAUCUUAUUGACUCCGAGAUUAUCGUGCAUUCGGCCAUCAUUUUCUCGUUAAUUGCGCUGCUACUAUCAGUGAUGUGCUCGUCCUGCUACAAUUGUACCGGUUGUGCCGAGGACACCGGUGGAUUGUUAAAUAAAAUCGAGAAACGAGACAACAACGAGUCAUUGAACUUUCUGGUCAGAGAGUUCUCGCUGCAGAUACUGCACGAACCCAUUGUGCUGUCAGCAAAUGGAUUCUUUACCGUCAAUCUGGACUUACUGGGAUCGGUAUGUUGAGGAUUGCCCGAUUUUUGACCGAGAAUUUCUUUCGUUUCAAUUUUGAUGUGAUUAGCUAGCAGCUGCAACGGUCACCUAUCUGGUGAUUCUAAUACAAUUUCAACUGAGCGAAAAGGAGAAAGUUCCAUCCGAUGGUGUUGGUGCGAAUG